GGCCGGGGCCGUCACAGUCCUUACACCCAACAACAACAACAAGACAUCGCCGGGGUAGUGGAUCAUGGUGCUCCUCCCACCUGGCAAUUGUUUUGUUACUGAUCUACUGAGUAAUGAACAUGGCAUGCUUUGGAAGUUCACAAGUUUUCAUCUUAAUUUUGUGUUUAAGUGAGCUUUUUAUAGUUGGCUUACUGAUUUUUAGCCAUGGUUUUCUCCUUACUAGACAAGUUAUUCUUUCAAACUCUCACUGUGAAGAUUUUAAAGAAGUCGUUAUUGAAACUAGGAAUAAGGAAAUAACAAGGAGUGUAAAGGGUGUAAAAGGAGAAUGUUGGAUGCCUUCUACAUUUAGAAGAGCCAUUAUACUGCUAAUUGAUGCAUUAAGGUAUGAUUUUGCUGCUUACAAUCAUUCUUUGAAGGAUAAUGAUGCCUUACCUUAUCAAAAUAAAAUGCCAGUGUUCAAGGAUCUUCUUGAGGCUAAUCCAAAACAGGCUCAUCUUGCCCCAUUCAUUGCUGAUGCUCCAACAACAACACUUCAGCGUCUCAAGGGUCUUACUACAGGGAGCCUGCCUACUUUUAUUGAUGCCAGCCACAAUUUUGCAAGUGAAGAAAUAACAGAAGAUAACAUAGUGGACCAACUAGUCAGUUGUGAGAAGCGUAUAACUGUUCUCGGAGAUGACACCUGGGAAGGGUUAUUCCCAGGCAGGUUUAAUCGUUCAUUUCUUUAUCCUUCUUUUAAUGUGAUGGAUCUACACACUGUUGACAAUGGUGUACUGAGUCAUCUGGAGCAAGAAAUGGCAAGAGAGGAUUGGGAUGUUAUAAUUGGUCACUUUCUUGGAGUUGAUCAUUGUGGUCAUCGUUAUGGUCCAAGUCACCCAGAAAUGGCAGCCAAACUGAAACAGAUGAAUGAUGUAGUAAAGGCAGUGGCUGAUAGUACUCAAAAUGAUACUGUUCUUAUAAUUUUUGGUGAUCAUGGAAUGACCAAAACUGGAGACCAUGGUGGAGACUCUACUGAUGAAACUGAAGCUGCACUCUUCUUGUAUAGUCCUGUACUAAGCAUGUCCUCUGAAUCUGAACAUGGACGUACAUUACCAGUGUCUCAAGUGGACCUUGUUCCCUCUCUUGCACUUGCACUUGGAGUGCCUAUACCCUAUUCGAAUUUGGGGAAAAUAAUGGAGAACAUUUUACAUACUGAUGGAUUAAGUAGAGAAGAUGCUGAACAGCAGAAACUGGUUGCUCUGUCUCUUAAUGUAAAGCAAGUUAAAAGAUAUCUGCAUGAUUAUAAAAGUUUAGGAAAUGAAUUUCCACAUGAUUUAUGGCAAAGAAUAGAGGUAUUGCAGAGCCAAAUGUUAUUAGGUUUUGAACAGUUAUCAUUAAGAGAACAAAAGAAAGUUUACUCAGAGUACCUAACCCUUGCCAGAAUGAUGUGUGAAGAAGUGUGGGCAAAGUUCAGUGUGUCAGAAAUAAGUAGUGGCCUCCUGCUUAUGUUUAUUAUUUUGAUACUAACAUCAAUUAUUACCCAUUGUAAGUUUAUACUAAAAAAGAAGAUUGCUAUUGUGAAGAAGUUAUUAUAUCUUACAGUUGUGGUCAAUGGUCUCUUUGUGCUCAUUCCUUAUAAUAUUGCAGCACUUGGUUGUAUCGCCAGUAUGAUAGUAACAUUAUGGAUAUAUUUUCAUAGAGAUGCAUUUACUACUGUUCAUUGUAAAUUUAGUAAAAGUGACUCUAUUUCGCUUUUGUUGGUACUGCUUUUAUGUCUUGGAAGUUUUUCUAAUAGUUAUGUUAUCAUGGAAAAUUAUGUGGUGGCAUUUAUUUUGUUGUCUUCUUUAAUCAUUCAACUUGUGCCACUUCUCCAAAAGCACAAAAAAAAGGGUGUUAGUAUGUUCUCUGUGAAGAAUAUCAAAUUGGUGCUUAAUUUUAAUUCUGUUUUGUGUGUCUUCCUCAUGUUAGCAGUAUUCUUGUCAGUAAGAUUAAGCUCAUGGUUCUGGAAGUGCCGGGAGGAGCAGACAUGGUGUAUUCCAAACCAAAUCCACAUACCAAUGACAGGACUGCCACAAGAAUUGCGUAACUGGCGGUAUUUUACCAGCUUGUUUGCCUUAAUAUUACUUGUGUGGUUGCCUCGCCGAUGGCUCUUAAUGUGUGGCAACAUGAAUGGCUCUAGACUAGGAGUCAUGUUGUUCAAUUGUGUUCCAGUUGUUUGUGUUGUCUUUAUAGCAGCUCACUGGGCUCUACAAGCUGCACCUGCACACCACAACUCUAACAUCAAUGACUAUGUGGUGUUUCCUCCACGAAUAAAUUAUGCCCUUACUCUGAUGUACAUAGCACUUUUGUACAUUGAACCAUUAUUAAUUUAUGAAGUACCACCAUCGAAAACUAAAACAAGUAUUCAGUCAGUGAUGGAUAAUCCCAGUGUUCUAAUACCACAACUUUGCAAAACAUUAGUGGAAAAAUAUAAUGUAGGAAACAAGAGAAGCUCUAAUAUUCCCAUAGUGUAUGGGUUAGCUACAGCUGUGUCUGCUCCUCUAGUGACAGUGUUGACAGUAAUACUGAUUAUAAUAGUUAUGGUGGCUGGAGAUGGUGUUACUCCUGCGGUGGUGCUACUGCUUGUUACUGCCAUAGUAUGCCUUCUUAUUCAAGUUAUUUCUUCAUGGCACACUGCACAGAGUUUAAGUGAUGUUAUAAAGCCUUCAUGGUCUGCUACAUGUGUGUGGUUUAUGCUGAGUAUUCAUGGCUUCUACAGCACUGGACAUCAUUCAACAUUCCCUUCCCUGCAUUGGUCUGCAGCAUUUGUUGGCUUCCAAGGUGACUGGAGUGGUAGCAAUAUCAUACCUGCAUUCCUAGUUGGGUUAAACACCUUUUCUUCGCAAAUAUUGUUUGGCUUCACUCUACCGCUGGUUGUAUUGGCACCACUAGCUAUUGGAGUAAUAUUUCCUAAGCUGCGAGGAAACAGAUUAGAAAGUGAGGACAUAAGACGUGGGGAAUUUCUUUUGGUGGAUGAACCAGACAAAGCUGAAGAUGCCCUUGUAUAUGUGGGUCUUUCAUACACCCUCCUGCAUGGUGUUAAGUUGUUUUUCUCGGCCUUGGCUGCUUUCAUUCUGCGACGACACUUGAUGGUCUGGAAAAUUUUUGCCCCACAUUUCAUAUUUGAAGCUGUUGGAUUUAUUGUUACAAGUAUUAGUGUGCUUGCUAGUAUAUGGUUUACACAAAGAAUUUUGAAAGUACUCAUUUCUUGGAGUGAAAGCCUUUACCACAAAAUAAGUUGAUAUGAAGAAGAAAAUUCAUUUUCCUUUCUUUAGUUAGUUACAAAUUCAAAAUCAAGAGCUAUAGAUUUCAUGACAAAUGAAAAGGGUUUACAUAAAAUAAAAACACAGAUAUUGUAUUGUAUAUAGAGAUCUGAAAUGAGCAUCUCACCAUAUCAUGAAAGCAAAUUGUGCAAGAAAUACUGGGGAGCAAACCUAAUACAGAGGUAUAUGAACUUAUAAUUGUGGGAAAAAACAGACACCAACUGCAAUAACAUAUUCAUGUUUUUAGAAAGCAUUUUGGUCCUCAGUACUUGGAUACUCCAGUAAACAAGUCCUAAGUUAUUGCAUUAUGUGGGGAUCAAACCACCAUCCUUGCAGUUGUAAGUCAAGAACUAUACUGAUUUAGUCAUCUAGUAUACAAAAGAAUUCUGUAUAGUUAGCUCCAACUUCCUUAUCUCACUUUUAUACAGAAUUCUUACCACCACAUGGGCCUUUUGAAUACAGCAUUUGAUCUGGGCAUUAAUCUGGUGCUGUAUCCACAUGGCUUAUAUGGCAUUGGAAUUUCUGUAUAAAAGUGGGCUGAACACUAGGUGGAACUCAUCAAGGGUAUAUAUGUCAAGAAAUGUUUAUAUCUCAGGGCACAUACACUGUACUUUCUAUUUUAGCAAUCAAAAUAUUCUUGAUGUCAUGUAUAUUUGGCUUGCCUUAGUAACCAUUGUGUAGUUGAUAGGCUUUAAACCUAAUAAAGCAAUCACUUUGGACUAACCACACAAAAAUCUUUUGUUCAUUCUGUGGCUGAGUUGGUAUAACUUCGAACUUGCCUUUAGAAGGAUGGUGGUUCAGUCCCCAGUAUUCCUUACACAAUAUUGAGGUCUGGUGGAGGUUUCAAAAUAUAUAGCUUGUUUUGUCUGACUUUUGAUAAUUUUUCUGUACAGUUUGUACAAAUUUUAUAUUUGUAAUGAAAUCAUUGUUAUCACAAAGGAGUAGUUUAUAAAAUACUGUUGAUAAAUAUGAGUGCAAUUAUUACUAAAUAAUAUAUUUAGUUAAAUUUAAAAUAUUAAAUGCAAUUUUUCAUAUGUACAAAUAUUUCUUAUGUAUAUUUUAUUGUAAAUAAACAUUCAGG